GGCGGUAAGAUGGCGGCGCUCGGAAACACCUCAGCUCCGGGGGUGAAUGGGUUAAUACAACAAUUCACAGCAAUAACAGGAGCAACAGAGAGUGUAGGACAACACAUGUUGGAAGCAUGCAACAACAACCUGGAGAUGGCAGUGACCAUGUUUCUGGACGGAGGCGCCAUUGCGGAGGAGCCCAGCACCAGCUCCAGCUCAGUGGCUUCAAGCAGCAGAGCCCCCCCUUCAGAUGAAGUACGAGCACCUAUUCCCCAGAAGCAGGACAUAUUAGUUGAACCUGAACCAUUGUUUGGAGUGCCAAAGCGAAGAAGACCUGCUCGAUCUAUAUUUGAUGGUUUCCGAGACUUCCAAACAGAAACAAUUCGGCAGGAACAGGAGCUGCGUAACGGUGGCACAGUGGAUAAGAAACUGAGCACCCUGGCAGACCUUUUCCGUCCUCCAAUUGAGCUUAUGCACAAAGGCAGCUUUGAGACGGCGAAGGACUGUGGACAGCUAGAGAACAAGUGGCUCAUGAUCAACAUUCAAAAUGUUCAGGACUUUGCCUGCCAAUGCCUGAACAGAGACGUUUGGAGUAACGAUGCAGUGAAGACCAUCAUCAGAGAGCAUUUCAUAUUCUGGCAGGUAUAUCAUGAUAGUGAAGAGGGACAAAGAUAUAUCCAGUUCUAUAAGCUGAACAAGUUUCCCUAUAUUUCCAUCCUGGACCCCCGCACAGGUCAGAAAAUGGUAGAGUGGAACCAGCUGGACGUGGCGUCGUUUCUGGAGCAGACGUCGGGCUUCCUGGCAGAGCACGGGCAGCUCGACGGGCCCUCCUGUCAGCCCCCCCCAGCCAAACGGGCGCGCUCGGUGGGUCUCAUCUCAUGUGUCGCCUCUGUUUCUCCUCUCUGAUAUAAUAAGAGCUGCCUUCUCUCUCUCUGGGACUUUCUAGUAACAUAAGAACUCACAAUUACUAUCAAAUGUAGACCUAUUAUCUGGGAUGUGAGUUAUUAUACAUUGGGAAAGACCUUCAUUGUUUUCCUUUCCUUCUCCUAAGGGAGAAAUUACAUGCAAAAAGCAAAAAAUAACAUGUUCCGUAAAUAUAGUACACUCUUCUAUCUGCAUGAAAAGUUAUCGUAUUACUCAUCAUAUUUUCUCCGAAUUUGAUCGAUAGAAACUUUAUUGAUCCCUAAAUUGGAAAUAAUUUUGAUACAGCAGCAGUGUAUGGGCUCAGAACAGUCUCAUAAUACACACAUGCACU